ACUGAUCUAAACAUUACACGUACAGCUCAUAAGAAUCAACUAUAAACAAAUAAUAAGUGGUAAAGUGUACAAUAUUAGUCAUCAAUAAGUACCCUCCUCCCUCUCUAAUCAUGAUUCAUAAUAACAAAUUUUAAAACAUCACACCCUUAAUUUUAUACUACCUUAUAUAUAUAUAUAUAUGGAAACAACUACUGUUUAUGGUGUUCUAGGAGUAGCAACAAUCUUGGUGUUCUACAUAUGGAGAAUUUUGAACCGGUUAUGGUUCAAACCGAAAAAGAUAGAGAGGUUUCUAAGAGACCAAGGACUGAAAGGCAGCCCUUAUAAGUUCAUGUAUGGAGACUUAAAAGAACUGGGUCAGAUGAUGGUCGAGGCCAAGUCCAAACCCAUGAAUCUAACUCACGAUAUCGCUCCUCGCGUCUCGCCGUUUUUCCAUAAAUACCUCGCCAUGUAUGGUAAUGAUUGUUUUACAUGGAUGGGAAUAAAACCUCUGGUACACAUCUCUGAUCCGAAAAUGAUACGGGAGGUCUUGGCUAAUAAUAGUAAAUUUCAAAAGCAGAGAGGAGGUAAUCCAUUGCUAAGGUUACUAGCAAAAGGAUUAGCUAGCGUCGAGACGGAUCAAUGGGUUAAACAUAGAAAAAUUAUCAAUCCUGCAUUUCAUAUGGAGAAGCUCAAGCAUAUGGUACCUGCAUUUUAUGUGAGUUGUAGUGAAAUGAUCGAAAAAUGGGGAGAAUUGGUGACUCCAGGAAGCUCUUGUGAAGUGGAUGUGUUUCCUUAUCUUCAGGCUUUUUCCGCUGAUGUAAUUUCACGUACAGCAUUUGGCAGUAGUUUUGAGGAAGGAAGAAGGAUAUUUGAACUUCAAAGAGAACUAGCUAAACUAAUAAGCAAGGCUGCUAAUUCACUUUACAUUCCAGGAUCAAGAUUUUUGCCAACCAAAAACAAUACGAGGAUAAAACAGAUCGACAAGGAAGUGAAAGAUUUGAUAAAGAGCAUUAUCAAUAAACGGGUUGUUGCGAUGAAGGCUGGGGAAGCUAGUAAUGAUGACCUUCUUGGCAUACUUUUGGAUUCCAAUUACAAAGAAAUCAAAGAGCAAGGGAAUAGCAUUUUUGGAUUAAGCAUAGACGAAGUCAUUGAAGAAUGCAAACUCUUCUACUUUGCAGGGCAAGAGACCACAGGAAAUAUGCUUGUUUGGACUUUGAUUUUGCUAAGUCAAAACCCCCAUUGGCAAACAAAAGCUAGAGAAGAGGUUUUACGCGUGUUUGGCGAUAAAACCCCAGAUAUUGAUGGCCUGAGUCAUCUAAAACUUAUCAACAUAAUCUUCAAUGAGGCUCUUAGAUUAUAUCCUCCGGGGGUAAUAUUAAGGCGGAUGGUACAUGAAGAAACCAAAUUAGGUGACUUAACAUUACCGGCAGGAACGCUUAUCCAAGUUAAUACAUUAAUUUUACACCACGCCAAAGAUACCUGGGGUGAAGAUGUGAAUGAGUUUAAGCCCGAAAGGUUUUGUGACGGUGUUUCAAAGGCGACCAAGGGACAAGCUUUUUAUCUCCCAUUUGGUGGUGGGCCACGUAUAUGCAUCGGCCAAAAUUUUGCGAUGUUGGAAGCAAAAAUGGCUCUUUCAAUGAUUCUGAAACGUUUUUCCUUUGAGUUGUCUCCAUCAUACUCACAUGCCCCAUCUGCUAUAAUUACGCUACAACCUCAGUUUGGCGCACACUUGAUUCUACAUAAGCUUUAGGCCAUCUAUCUCAUGUUGUUGUCAAUUUUUGAAGAAUUUUACACGUGUUCAAUAUGGUCACUUGCAGGUUUAUUCCUUUGUAACAUAUGUAUUACUGUUAUAAUCAGAUGGUGUAAUCAGUAAUCCUGGAUAUCAAUAUGGAAACAUAUAUAAACGAUGUGAUAUAUAAGUCCUAUAUUAUCAAUAAAAUCAUGCUUCAAUUUUCUCUGUUCA